AUGGUCCGCCAGUUGCUGAAACACUCGGUCCCAUCGACCCAUCCGACGACUACCUGCCGCCACAGCCACUGGACAAGUCCACAUGAGUGGGGCCAGCGACGAUCCGUGUACGAAGCAGCGUUGGCAGUCGGGCAGGCGAUUCUCACGUCAGGCGAAGGGACGCUUGCCAGCGUCCUCAACAACCAGCCCGCCUCCGAUCAGUUGGUCGAGUCGGGCACACCUGUGUCGCAAACGUACAAGCGCGGCGUUUUGUCCGUGUGGCCGGGUCUGGUCGACUACGCCGUCGCUGCCGUCGGCUGCGCAACGGUUGGUGGUGGGGCGUGCGCGAUGGCCUCGCGCAUCGCGUACCCGAAGGUCAUGGUCAUGUGCAGCCGCAUCGAGGAAAACACGGAUGUCGCCGGCAACGACUUUUCGUCCGGCGGCCGACCGAGUGUUGCUGACUGCUGA